AUGGCUAGUGUCGCAGAGUCAGCCCUCACGAACCUCAAAGCAGCUGGUUUGGAUCGUGCCCUCCUCACACCGAGCCAGGAAUCCUACGAUUCCCGAAAUGCGUCGUACUUUUCGCGGACGGCGCAAUUGAAGCCAUGGGCCAUUGUCCAGCCACGAAACGCGGAAGAGGUUUCCAAGACACUGAAAGCUCUAGUGAGAACGCCAGGCUGUAAGUUUGCCGUGCGUAGUGGCGGUCACAUGCAAUGGGCUGGCGCCAACAAUAUCCAGAACGGCAUAACCAUCGACCUCGGGCAAAUGACCAAGACUACCUAUAACCCGGAAACACAAAUUGCAUCGCUGCUUCCUGGAGGUACAUGGGCGGACGCGUACAAAGAGCUGGAGAAGCAUGACAGAAUGGUCGCUGGUGGCCGUGAAGGUUCGGUUGGCAUCGGCGGUUUGUUGGCUGGUGGCGGUAAAACCUUUUACACUUGCCGCACUGGCUUUGCCUGUGAUCAGGUUGUCAACUACGAAAUUGUUUUAGCGGAUGGCACUAUCGUCGAAGCCAAUGACCAAAUGAACUCAGACCUCUUUCGUGUUCUGAAGGGCGGAGGGAACAAUUUCGGCAUUAUCACACGCUUUGAUAUGGUAACAUUUCCAUCAAAAGAUAUUUGGGACGGCAACAUUUUGUGCGCCAAGGACUCCACGUCGCAGCUCGUUGAGUCGCUCGUGGAUUUUAUUAAAAAUCUCGCUGAAAACCCCGACAGCCACGUCGUUGCGGUAUGGACGUACUUACCGAAGACCGAAGAUCACUUUAUCAAUAUGUCCUUGACGAGCCUGGAUGGCGAAAAGGAGACCCAGUCUUUGAACAAGUUCUUGGCAAUUCCUGGUCAAAGAGACAUGAAAAUGACCACAGUAGCGACCAAAGUAGCGUCGUUCGCCUUGGAUGUAGGCCUACCCGCAGGCAAAGAAAAUAUAUGGUUCUCUUUGACCUUCAAAGCCGACUCGCGCAUCGUCCACAGAGCCGCAGAAGUUUUCGAGACCUCGGUCGGUAAUUUAAAAGCGAAGAUCCCGGGCCAUGACUUCGUCUUUAUGAUGGUCCUACAACCGCUCCCUAUGUCAUUUGGGCUGCACUCGACGGCGCGUGGCGGCAACAUGCUCGGGCUGGAACGCAUCAAAAGCGAUUGUUUCUUGCUGUUGUUUAUACUCGAAGUGGAGACACCAGAACUCCGCACAACCGUUGGGUUUCCGACCCUCAAAAGGGCUACAGACGAAAUCGAAGCCUUUGCCGAGUCGAUCAGUGGCAAUGUCCAUUUUCGCUACUUGAACUAUUGCGACGGCUCGCAAGACCCUUUACGCAGCUCCGGUGAGGACAAUGUUAGGAAGAUGCGUGCCGCUGCCGCGAAAUACGACCCUACCGGGGUGUUCCAGACUCGAGUCCCUGGUGGCUUUAAGAUCUCAGAGGUAAAAUAA